AUGUCGUUUUUCGUGGACGUCGUCACCGAGGACUCGUUUUACGAGAAUCUCACGGUGGGCGUGGUGAAGAUCCUCGAGGGUUUGCCGUACGUAAAGAACGUGCGAGUGGAGAGGCGAAACGGAUGCGAGGACACCGUAAUCAGCAACUGGGAGCAACGUCAUUGUUGCCUGCUCCCAGAGGAUCUUAGGAACUUUUAUCUGUCGAUCGACGGUUUUCAGCUUCUCUGGAAUCUCGAAAUAGCAGGUGAAGAAUUCUCAGUGGGUCGAAUGGAGAUCGGCAGUUUCUCCACGCUGAAACGAUGCUCGACCACCAGGGACCAUCAACUCGACUGUCCCAGACAAGAGUCCACGGAUCCAGGAUCGGAAAUUGAGCCCAGAAGCAGCGCCGUGGACCUGGAGAACGCUUGCUCUCUACAAGCCGGAAGUUCACAAAGUUGCAAGAUGUUCGAGAUCGCCCGUUGUUAUCCAGAGAUCGGAAUGACCAAGGUAUACUUGGUGUAUUGCACGAAACCCGAGGCGGAAGCGGCGCCGAGCAUCUGGCUGCACCGGGAGGAGCUAGAUCGAUGGUACCACCUGGCUGACAGCUUCACCGUCUACUUCCGGAUGAUGCUGGUCCACCUUGGUCUACCGUUGUGGCAGUGUUGCGUGGCCGGCGUAACGCUGCCUACUUGGGUCGAGCAAGUCUACUUUCUGGUCGGUCCGCAUCUGUUGCCAGCCACCGUUGAGGCCACCGAAACAAUAUCCGCCACCUUGUGGAGCAACGGGCCCACCAAUGUCAUCGAUCCGGGGAUCUUCAAGGGGAAGGACGGCAAGCAGAAAAUCCCGCGGAGGAAGUAA